UACAAUGAAUAAGUUUUCGGAAUGAUGAAGUAUCUACAGUACAUUUUGAUAUUAUCAAAUUUCAUACCUACAUUCCAAAAUAGUGUAAAGCAAAGACUGAAUGAAAAUGAAAAUAAAUUUGAUGAAAAUAUAAUAGAUUUUACUAACGCAGAAGGUUUGGCAGAUGUAUACAAUGGUGACAAAGUUUUUAAAAGUAACACAGUAUUUAUAGAGGAGAAUGAAGAACUCGAAACAAAAGUUGGUGUAGUCCCGACAAAUAAUGAAAUGAAGAAAGCUGAUCAAAAUGUUAAAUUAAAAGAUGAGAAAGAUGAAGAAAAAAUACCAAGCAAUAACGUUAUUAUGAUCUAUGAUCGAGAAAGUGGUGGAAGUCCGAAAAGAAGAUGUCUAGUUACUUUUAUUUCAGGAAUACUAGGUUUCUUCGGGUUAGGUAAAAAGUGCAAUACUGAAUGCAAGCAAACAAAGGUCGUAAAUACAAUAAUACCUGGAACCGUGACAGGAAAUGUGACAAUUAAUGCCCAGAGAAGCAAAAAUGAGAUGAGAGUCAAAAAUAGAGGCAAGGAAGAUGAGAUGAGAGUCAAAAAUAGAAGCAAGGAAGAUGAGAUGAGAGUCAAAACUAGAAGCAAUGAAAAUGAAAUGAAAGUCAAAAACAUAAACAAGGGAGAUGAGGUGGGAGUCAGAAACAGAAGUAAGGAAGAUGAUAUGAAGAUUAAAAGCAGAAGCAAAGAAGAUGAGAUAAGAGUUAAAAUGUUGCGUGAUCUUUUGGAAACUUAUUUAUACAAGAGGCAAGACCACUACUAACACUACGCCAUCUAAAAUGGACACGUUUUACUCAGUUUCCGAGUUUUUUGACAUGAGUUUAUCCAUUCAAGAU